UCACGCGCAUCCAGGAACUGGAACGGAGAGCAGGCAUGUCGGAACAACAAGUAGCCCACAUCCUCAAAAGAUCCGACGAGCAACUUCAAGAAGCUGCCCAACACAUCGACAUUCAACGUGGGAAGACAAAGCUAUCCGAAGAUCAGGCACAACACCUUGUGAAGAUCUACGGAGAGUAUCAAGAAGAAGCCCGACUCAAGGUCAUCGAGUAUGAAAAGCGACAUCAGGAGAUGGCCACAACUGUGAAUCUACUUGAACAUUGAGUCAGGUGCGAGGAGGAGAGCUCAUUGGUCAACCAUGGCAAUCGAUGAUGAGCCACAAGAAAUAUUGGUGAACAAAACGAAUGAUGCUAUCAGGUACGCUGAACAACUCGCGAGCUCGCUGUAUCAAGACAAAAGGCUAUCGAUGCGAGAUCCGACUACCUCAGCCGGAUCGCUGCGAGAUUAUAGCCUCGGACCGGGUUCUAUUUUGUUUCCUGUUUACCAAGACCCAAUGAUACAGGCCCAUAUCGACCAGCUCCAUGAAGCGGUAGGAUCUAUUCCAAAUAUGAGAUUUGGUUCAACGUUAUCACAUUGCAGAUGGAAACGCGGGGGGUCUAGGACGUGUUCCUGUCCCAGCUGCGACAGGAGGGCCAAGUCCACCUGAUCCACCUGACGACGAUGACGAUGGAGACGAGGACGACGAAGAAGAACCAUCCGAUGAUGAUGAUGAUGAUCGCCGUCGUGGCAGAACGUCAUCACGAAGAAGAAGAUCGAGAGAUCGCAGAGAUCAUGACAGUGGUCGACCAAGGAUAUCACGGAAGGAAGCCCAGAAGGUCAACGUGCCUCCAUGGCCGAAGAUCACGAAGCUGGACAACUGGAAGAUGGCGCUCACACCAGCGCCUCAGCGGACCCUGGUUUUGAAUUAUGGAUGUCAUGGGUGGGAUGUACUUUCGUGGUGAAUCCUGAUCUUGAGCUUCUAGCCGAUUCGGGAGGAGAGCGAUUUGCGAUGAUGGAUAUCAAACUGGCACUUUCGCUCCAGACGAUGCUCAGGAGUGCACCAGACGAUACCAUUGAACAUCUGAUCAGACUGGAAUACCCAGGGAACAAAAACAUGUCCGUGUUCCGCAACAAAUGGUAUGACACCUUGCUCAACCUGAGAAAGGAGGAUACACCCAGAGAGAUUACGCUCCGGGACAUCCUGUAUUGAAGGAGAAGUCAGUCAAGAACCUGCUGAGCGGCAACAAGAAUGCGGCACCGGCAGAAAAGGAAAAGGCAAAGGGAAAAGGAAAAGGAAAAA